CUCUCUAGAAAAAAAGAAAAAAAAAAUCUGCGGAAUCAAUCGCAAUCACACGCGCAGGCGCAGCGCACAGAGGCGAGUGAGGGCAUGGCCAGGAGGGGAGCGCCGGCGAAGGGCACCUGGAGGCCGAGGAGGAAACCCUCGCACGCGCACGCGGACGUCGACCGCGACGGCGAUGGCACGGAAGGCGGGCGCGCGCCGCCAAAGGGAAACGGAGCUGCCGCUGCGGCCGGCGGCGGCGGCGGCGGCGGGUUCUUCUGCUGCUACCUGCUCCGGUCCCUCUGCCCGCGCAGCAAGAGCCGAACCUACAUCGGCUUCACGGUGAACCCGCGGCGGCGGAUCCGGCAGCACAACGGGGAGAUCGUCAGCGGCGCGUGGCGGACCCGGCGCGGCCGGCCCUGGGAGAUGGUGCUCUGCAUCUACGGCUUCCCCUCCAACGUCGCCGCCCUCCAGUUCGAGUGGGCGUGGCAGCACCCGACGGAGUCCCUCGCCGUGCGCAAGGCCGCCGCCGAAUUCAAGUCGCUCAGCGGCAUCGGCAACAAGGUCAAGCUCGCCUACACCAUGCUCAACCUCCCCUCAUGGGAAAAUCUGAACCUGGCGGUGAACUUUUUCUCCUCGAAGAACACCAAGUUCACCGCCGGCUGUCCGUCGCUGCCGAGCCAGAUGAAGACCGUCGUCUGUGCGAUGGAGGAUCUGCAGUGCCAGCAGGCCGACGGCCCAUCAUCUGAGGAGGAUGGCAAUGACAUCCGUGACCCUGAGGAGCCCCAAGACAAUGACGAAGAACUAUCUGAUUCGUCUCUCCGAGAUGGAUACUCAUAUUCUGACCAUUGUUUCCAGCAACCGUCCUCUGAUGAUCAAGUGCAGCCAAUGGACGAGCAAACCGGUACUGCUGGUUCUGAUGUCGAGGAUGACUUAGCUGACGAGCUCGCUCCUGCAAUGGGAUGGAGCCAACUCCUUGAAGCAAGAAGAGAGUUGAAUGGACCAAGAACAUCGCCUCUGUGUUCCUUGAGCCCGUGCAGCGAGGAUGUCGGAUUGGAAGAAGGGUCAGGACUGAUGUCUCCAUUGUUGAUGCCCAAUGCUAGUUCAGAUGAUGAUGAUGGCCGUGGCCGCCGUAUCCUCUAUGGAAACGAUGUGGUGGACCUGGUUACCCCGACUCCAGUAGGCCGGCUACCGAGAAGAGACUGCGUUUCCAGCAUUUGCCCAAAGAUCAUUGAUCUGACGUCCUCGCCUAUUGUCAUUCAGUUGUAGCGCCUUGCUGCAUUGCAGUGUACUAAAUGUAUCUUGUAAUGGCUUUAAAAAAAUAUAUCUUGUAGUAGUGACACUAUUUUGGUGUCAUACCAUGAAUUGAAUGAAUAAGUUAAAAUAGCGUAAGAUAGGUACGCACAUGAGCAUCAACAUUCUUGUGCGACAAGCUUGCGAAAAGUAUUUCAGCAAGCAUAUGAAUCGAAGUAUCUACGAAGCUA